GAUCUUUAAAAUAAAUGAGUUGGUGGUACAAGCGAAUUGAGAGUUAUAGAAAAUGGUCCAAAUAUUUGUAACAGAGAAACUGGAGAUAAUGAACAUGACUUGGUCCUGUGUGAGCUGAGAGGUGCAGGUGGAGACGUAUUCAUAACAAGGAGACGAUUUACAGUUGAAAUUUGUUAUAUCUUCUUCCGAUUAUUGGAGUAAAGUGACGUUCUGCGCAGUUACUGGAGAAUACAGUUGAUAUAUUGUGAAAAGUGUCAUUUUGUAGGUGAUUUUGUUAGUAAUUGAUCGAGGAGAGAAACAUGAGCUGGAGGAAUGAAGAGUGGAAGGCCCAACCAUCACCAAGAGCCUACUCAACUCCCUGGAAAUCCUGGAUGCAACAACAAACUGGUGGCCCUGAAAACUGGAGGCGAUCUGGAGAUUAUCAACCCAGACACACUGUCCAGGCCACACCUUGCCUUCUUGUCAAUACACUGAUUGAAUUUGAGUCAUUCUCUGCCAGCUUGCAAGAGCUCGUGGUGGAGAAAUGUCUCGAGGCUUCGAGUUUAAAAGAUGUUAUUUCUAACCAUAAGCAACUGUUUUGUGUGAAUGGAACACUGGUGGAGCUGAAGCCUCAAGUUGGAAUAUGUUCUGCUCAUUCUACCUCCCAAGGAUGUCAGAAAUCAUCUUGUGGUGACAUACAUAUUUGUUCUAAAUGUGUGAUGGACUGGUGCAAUGACAAAACCUGUCCACUGGGUCACACUUGGAAGACAGACCACAAUGUCGGCAUUCUGACGCGUCUCUCUCUUGAGCAACUCUCGUUCAUGAAACUCCGCAAACUCUUCAGGUUUCUCAAGAACACCCCUAAAAUUACGGGCAAGUUGGAUGUUUGUCGUAAAUACAACGACGGCGGCUGUGACCAAUCCGAUUGUGGGGCGCUCCACGUUUGCCUCGACUUCAUGGUCAGACUCUCAAAAUGUCCUCGUGAUGGGUGUAAACUGAACCACAACCUGCUGAGUCCUGACUGUUGCCAACUACUGAAGUCUUAUGGAUUUUCUAUUAAUGAGGCCCCACUGGACACUAUCUUGGCACUACAUGCUGCCAACCCCAACCUCUCCCAGGGUCAACAAUGCGACGACACAACCCAGUCUCAGACUGUGGAGGAGGAGAGUGACAACACCAGCCACACAACACAUGAAGACAACACAAUGACUCGUCCUCCUAAGAGUGGAGAAGAUGACCAGAAAAACGAAAUGGGAAGUGAAGACGGUCUUGAUGAAUGGGUGAAAGUUUUACAAAAUAUUCAGGUCCAGGAAGAGGAGACGAGGAACAAACUGCAGCCGGACAACUGGCGGCAACGUUCUGAUGAACCUCUGAGAUAUAACUGGAAACAACUUUUUGAGAGGAAUUCUAAUAAGCAGUAUGAGCCGCUCGAGCCGCUCUCCCCUGUCCACGUUACUCCUCGACUCCUUGUGGAUAGCUUGGUCGGUUAUCCAAAAUUCUCCGCCAGUCUAGAUGAGCUUAUGAUGGAGAAAAAUAUGAUUCCUUCAGAUGUACAAGAAGUGGUAUCAAGUCAAACGAAGGUAUUUUAUUUACUUGGCAACACCGUGCAACUUAGUCCCCAAGUCAGCAUCUGUAAAGAUCAUUCAGGAGCUCAGGGUUGUCAGAAACUUUUGUCUUGCUCUGACUUACAUAUUUGUCCUAAUUUUGUUACCAGAUCCUGUCAAGAUGAGAAUUGCUCCUAUGGUCAUACAUGGCUGCUGGAUCACAAUAGAUCUAUCCUCCAUCAACUCUGUAUUGACUGGCUUCCCUCCCGAAUAAUUUUUAAGCUCAUACAACAACGCAGAGAGACUAUAAAAGUCACAGGUCCGUUGCAGGUGUGUUUUAAGUAUAAUGGUGGAGGCUGUGACCAAACUGACUGUGCAGAGCUCCAUGUGUGUUUCACCUUCUUAACUGGACUCGGUAAAUGCUCUCGCCAUGACUGUCAACUAAACCACAACUUCCUGACUCCUGACUGCUGUCGUUUGCUGAGGAUUCAUGGUCUUCCUGUGAAUGAGACCCCGCGGGACAUUGUGUUGGCACUGCUCUUUGCUAACCCCACACUCCUCCAGGAGCAAAACACUUCUCCACAACAGAUAAAAAAGAAAAGAGUAAAUAAAACUUUAAAGUCCAAUGAAAUAACAAUGAAGUCACUGUUAAGGAAAGUUGAGAAAACAACCUUUGAUAGUGUUGGUGAAGAGAAAGAUACAUUAGGGGUAAUUACUGAAGAUGGUACUGGCAGUAGUGAGUCUUCUAACACAUUGUCAGGGAACAGCAACUUAGCUGAUGUUGGAUAUACAGUACAUGUCAACAACGGGCGUCUCACACUGUGGUCGUACUACCUGCUUGGAAAUGUUGAAAUACCUGAAAUUUGUUACCACUCAGUUGAGGACAUGUGCAAGAAUGAGGGUAGUGGCUGCCAGCGACUCCACGCAACACAACACUUCCACUGGCAGGUGUGCGAAGCAGAUCGCUGGAUAAACUUACGCCCUAGUCAGGUGAUUUGUCUUGAGAGAGCCUUCUGUGACCCUUCACAAGAUGGCGUUGAUCUUCCUCGGCUUGAACCGGCCACACUCGACCACUCUUUCAGAGGUCUUCUUAUCCUCUUGGGCCAUGGUACUUGGCACGCUGACUUUAAGACCAUGAUGUUGACUGACUCAUCCAAGACCAAGGCCCUUCCCACCCGUCGGCUGUGUACAGAGACCGUCCCUGGCCAGGUGAUAAAACCUGCCACUUUCAUCUGGUAUUUCUUAGACAAAAACAAUAAAUGGGUUCAGUAUGGUAAUGUAGAUACAGCAGGAGCAAGCCAUUUAGUCAGUAGUGCAACAACAAGUGACAUUGAUAUGCAUUACAAGAAAAAUUCAUUAGGUUCUAUCUCUUUCAAGAAUUCUAAAUUCACCUACAUCCUUAAUUUCAAAACCAUGAUGCAAACCAACCGGAAUACUCGUGUUAACAGAGAGGUGCGUCGCAGGCCUGAGCCCCACCUCCAGGAUGAGAAGACAGAUGUGAAGGACCAGAAAACAUCAACGGACCUGCCUUCAACCUGGGAGGUAAUGCAGCCAGAGGAACGCAUGCGCCUAAUCACCUUGGCUGCGUCAUCUACUGAGUACCAGACAGUGGUGGGCCUUCUGGGAAAUCGAGUGUCAUCCUCCAAUGUGAUGAAGGUGCAAAGAGUUCAGAAUCCAUUUCUCUGGCGAGCGCUGCAGAACAAGAUCAAAGAAUUGACAGCCAUUUAUGGUGAUGCAGCCACUGUUGAUGUUCGUCAGCUGUUCCACGGCACCAACCAUAAAGUAGUGUCCAGCAUCUGUUCUGAGAAUUUUGACUGGCGACUCCAUGGAUCGAGCUCAGGACAGUCAUUUGGGCGAGGCACCUAUUUCUCUACUAAUCCAGCUUAUUCCUACAAUUACUGUGGGGCGGACCCUUUAGGAAUGAAGUACAUGUUUGUGGCCCGCACUGCUGUUGGGUCAUUCACCCGGGGUGAUUCUGGAAUGGUGCGACCACCCACCAACCCAAAAACAAAUCUUCCCUUUGACUCCACAGUCAAUAAUGUAACGGUCCCAUCAAUCAUUGUGAAGUACGACAAACAGGAGUACUAUCCAGAGUACAUUCUAACUCUCGUCAUGGAUAAUGAAGGCUUGGCAGAAAACAGUAUGGAUGCUGUUGUGAAGGAAGAGAUGCGGAUGUUGAGGCAGCGACAGAUGGAGAGGCAGCGAGAGAUGGAGAUGGAGAGGCAGCGACAGAUGGACAUGGAGAAGCAGCGAGAGACGGAGAUGGAGAGGCAGCGUGAGAUGGAGAUGGAGAGGCAGCGAGAGACGGAGAUGUUGAGGCAGCGAGAGAUGCAAAUAUUGAGGCUGCGACGGAUGGAGAAGUUUAGUCGGGAGGAGAACAGACGUAUGCAGGAAAGGACAGGCGAUGAAGGAAGAGGAGGACAGGCGUAUGAAGGAAGAGGAGGACAGGCAAUGAAGGAAGGGGAGUACGGACGUAUGAAGGAAGAGGAGGACAGGCAUAUGAAGGAAGAGGAGGACAGACAAAUGAAGGAAGGGGAGUACAGACGUAUGAAGGAAGAGGAGGUAGACAGACGUAUGAAGGAAGAGGAGGACAGGUGUAUGAAGGAAGAGGAGGACAGACAAAUGAAGGAAGAGGAGUACAGACGUAUUAAGGAAGAGGAGUACAGACAAAUGAAGGAAGAGGAGUACAGACGUAUUAAGGAAGAGGAGGUAGACAGACGUAUGAAGGAAGAGGAGGACAGGUGUAUGAAGGAAGAGGAGGACAGACAAAUGAAGGAAGAGGAGUACAGACAAAUGAAGGAAGAGGAGUACAGACGUAUUAAGGAAGAGGAGUACAGACGUAUGAAGGAAGAGGAAGAGAGGUGUAUGAAGGAAGAGGAGUACAGACGUAUGAAGGAAGAGGAGUACAGACGUAUGAAGGAAGAGGAGUACAGACGUAUGAAGGAAGAGGAGUACAGACGUAUGGGUCAGGAGGAGGUGGACAGGUAUAUGAAGGAAGAGGAAGACAGGUGUAUGAAGGAAAAGGAGGUAGACAGACGUAUGAAGGAAGAGGAGUACAGACGUAUGGGUCAGGAGGAGGUGGACAGGUGUAUGAAGGAAGAGAACAGGUGUAUGAAUCAAGAGGACAGGUGUAUGAAGGAAGAGAACAGACGUAUGAAGGAGGAGGUAGACAGACGUUUGAAGGAGGUAGACAGACGUAUGAAGGAGGAGAUAGACAGACGUAUGAAGGAGGAGAUAGACAGACGUAUGAAGGAGGAGGUAGACAGACGUACGAAGGAGGAAGUAGACAGACUUAUGAAGGAGGAGAUAGACAGACGUACGAAGGAGGAAGUAGACAGACGUUUGAAGGAGGAAGUAGACAGACGUUUGAAGGAGGAGGUAGACAGACGUACGAAGGAGGAAGUAGACAGACGUUUGAAGGAGGAAGUAGACAGACGUACGAAGGAGGAAGUAGACAGACGUACGAAGGAGGAAGUAGACAACAGGCCUAUGCAUCAGGAAGACAACAGGCCUAUGCAUCAGGAAGACAACAGGCCUAUGCAUCAGGAAGACAACAGGCCUAUGGGUCAGGAAGACAACAGGCCUAUGCAUCAGGAAGACAACAGGCCUAUGCAUCAGGAAGACAACAGGCCUAUGCAUCAGGAAGACAACAGGCCUAUGCAUCAGGAAGACAACAGGCCUAUGCAUCAGGAAGACAACAGGCCUAUGCAUCAGGAAGACAACAGGCCUAUGCAUCAGGAAGACAACAGGCCUAUGCAUCAGGAAGACAACAGGCCUAUGGGUCAGGAAGACAACAGGCCUAUGCACCAGGAAGACAACAGGCCUAUAGGUCAGGAAGACAACAGGCCUAUGCAUCAGGAAGACAACAGGCCUAUGCAUCAGGAAGACAACAGGCCUAUGCAUCAGGAAGACAACAGGCCUGUGCAUCAGGUAAACUUGGACUCGCUCACUCUGCAGUACUCCCAGCAGUAUAUUGAAGGCGCUGCAGAUGAAGUUCAGGACACCCUAGACUGGGAGGAAGAUCUAAAUGACCCGAUGGAAAAGGUGAUGCUGAAGUGUGGAAGAUCUGACACCAGGUCCACAAGUGUAAAGGAAAAUACACGAGACAGUAGAGGGCGCGGUCAAAGUCGAGGUGAAUCACAAGGUUAUCGAGGGAAUUUCGCUCGAGGAAGGUCCCUUAAGAAGCCGCACACUCCUCGGACAGAAGGUUACAGCAGUAGUGAUGUUGAUUAUAGGAAGUUGCAGGAUGAGCCGGUGGGGCAACAACGAGGGAGAUAUUACAGAGAUCAGCCCGACAGAGGAAGCUGCAGAAAACAAAAUCAGCGUCAACAGGGAUGUAAGAAUAAGAGCCGUGGUGGUUACUCUCAGAGAGGUGGCUUCAGCCAACAUUGUGAUGGGAACUAUUCACCAAGAGAUUCCUACUGUGAUCAGUAUAGUGAGAGCUGUACUCCCAGAGGUGCCUCUAAUGAUUGGUAUGAACGGAGUCAUACUUCACGAGGUCAUUUUAGAAGUCAAGAUGCGAGGAACUAUUUUCCAAGAGGUUCUUAUAAUGACCCUAACGACAGGAACUUUACUCCAAGUGGCCCCUGUAGAGAUCCAGGUGACUGGAACUAUUCUCAAAAAAAUACUUAUAGGGGUCAAGGGAAAGGAAUUAGACCCUGGGUCCUGGUGGAAGCCUUAGCCGAGUGCCCUAACUUUCGUGCCACUCUUCUGCAACUUCUGGAGUGGAAGGACUUGCAACUAUCUGCUGUGCGGGAAGUUGUUUCAAGUAACAGUCAGGUCUUUGCUUUUAAUGGAGAGUUUGUAGAGCUCCAGCCUAAGGUUAACAUUUGUAUUCCACAUUCAGGACCUCAAGGAUGCCAGAAACGUUCCUCCUGCCAAGACCUACACAUAUGUUUAAUCUAUAUUACUAGAUAUUGUGGUGACAGGCCCUGUGUAUUUGGUCAUAAGUGGUACACGGACCACAAUAUCGCUACUCUCCGGGACUUCUAUCUUGACCGUUUACCACCGCCGUCACUGAGGAACCUUAUGAAAGGUCUCACAAAACCUGCAGGACCCACUGGCCAGUUAGAUGUUUGUCGUGAUUAUAAUGGGAAAGGUUGUAAUAAGACAGAUUGUGGAGCUUUACACGUGUGCCUCAGUUUUGUGAGUGGACUAACAAAGUGCUCCUUCACUAGAUGUAAACUGAACCAUGAUCUUCUCACUCCUGAAUGCUCUACAUUGCUAUGGUCUCAUGGUUUUUCUACUAAUGAGGCACCACGAGAUGUGGCUUUUGCACUACUUGCUGCCUAUCCUUCCCUUGCAAAUGCUGGUCAUGGGAAACAAGCAGCAUCACCACCAACAACAGCAGCACCUUCCUCUAGCCAGGCUAGUACAAGCACCACCACCUCAAACCAACAACAGAACAUAGGAGCGACAAGAAGUGGCAGAUCAGAUGGUGCAGGUAUCAUGUCUCGGCUUAGACAAAGGAUCAUAGGAAAUGCCUCUGAUAAGCAAGCUUUUGCACAGCCUUCAGUUGAGAGUAAGAGUCAAGACACCUCAACACCCAGUAAGUCAGAUAAAGGAGGUUACACAUAUACAAGACACGGUAAGAAGGACACCGGUGACUCAGCUAGGAUCAAGAAGUCAUCUGUACAGAAGAAACAGAAGUGCCAGACAGUUUGGUCUCAUUAUCUUGAAGGUGACACUGAAGUAAACGAAAUUUGUUAUUAUUCAGUUGAGAAUUUAUGUAGGAAUGAAAGUAGUGGAUGCCAGAGACUCCACGCAUCUCAGCACUUUCAUUGGCAGAUUAGUGAACAGGGCAGCAAGUGGCUCAACUUGCGAUCCUUCCAGGCCCAGAUCUUGGAACAGGCCUUCUGUGAUCAGGCUCAAGAUGGAGUCGUCAUCCCACGUCUGGACCCGGCCAAACUUAACCCAUCAGUAAAACAACUCCUUACUGUACUGGGUCGUGAUAGCUGGCAGGCUAACUUUCAGUGCAUGAUCAUAACUAACUCUGAUCAGUCCAGAAUACUGUACCUUCGACGGUUGUGUACAGAAUGUAUUGCAGGACAGCAAAUUAAAGCAAACAUCUACAGCUGGUACUUUGUGGAUAUAAACAAGAAAUGGAUCAAAUAUGGCAAUGUAGAUACUGCAAACGAAAGCAAACUAGUGAGCAGUGUCUCGUCUGCUGAUAUUGAGAGGCACUUCCUCAAGAAUCAACAUGUUCCAUUAACCUUCAAGAACUCAAAAUAUACAUACAUCUUAGACUUUGUUACUAUGAUUCAGACAAACCAAAACACGAAAGUAGGACGUGAGGUUCGUAGGCGCCCGGAACCUCACCUUAAAGAUGGGAACACAGGAGAUAACCAGAACUCAGCCACUGGUACAACAGCCACUGGUACAACAGCCACUGGUACAACAGCCACUGGUACUACCUCAAGUGACUUACCAUCUACCUGGGAUCCAAUGCAGCCAGAGGAACGUAUCCGUCUUGUCACCGUAGCAUCUACCUCCCCAGAGUACCAGACUGUUGUGGGUCUUCUAGGAAGUGGUGUUCCCAAUACCAGUGUUGUAAAAAUCGAGAGAAUUCAGAAUCCGUUCUUGUGGAGAGCAUUACAGAACAAGAUCAAAGAGAUGGUGACAGUUUAUGGGGAUAUAAAGAAGGUGGAUGUUCGCCAAGUGUUUCAUGGCACUAGACCAGACGUGGUAGCCAGCAUCUGUGCUGAAAACUUUGACUGGAGACUUCAUGGAUCCAGUACAGGUCAGGCUUGUGGUCGUGGCACUUACUUCUCCCCAAAUGCUGGAACUUCAUAUGGUUACUCCAGGAACGACUCUGCAGGCUUGAGGUAUAUGUUUGUCGCUCGUGUUGCUGUCGGAUCUAUCGUCCCAGGAAACUCGGCAAUGGCGCGGCCACCCACCAACCCAGCCACUGGUGCACCAUACGACUCUACUGGCGACGGUACAUCUGUGAUCGUGAAAUAUGAUAAGCAGGAAUACUACCCUGAGUACAUUAUUACACUGAGGUGAAUCGUUCGCUGCAAAGAUGUCGUAUAGACGGUAUCCUGUGAUAAACCUAUCGAUGAUAUACAGUGUAAACAUUUAUUAAGAGGUGUUUGGAAGUUAUGUUAUUUUGAGAUUUUGUUUGGUACCCUGAACACAAGUGAGAAGACUCAUCAUAGCUCAGGGAGGCAGGUAGUGGGUCUAUACACAACCAUAACAAACUGCUUCACAAUAUACUGUAUAAGUGAUCAAAGUUUAAACCCUGUAGGAUAAACCUUUACAUAAUGAUUGUUACUCGUUGGAAUUUUGUUUGGGCUGCCAUCUCACUAAUUUGUUCGCUUUGGGAAACAUUCAUGAAUCAAAUCAUAAAAACAUAUCCUCAUUUUCUUUUUUGAGAGGCCAAAAAACAAUACUAAUUUCACUGUGGGAGAAAAUUCAACUUAUUAUUUGCAGUUUAAAAUUGAUAGAAUUAUUAUUGCAGUUAUUUCAACUUUUAUAUGAGCAGUUAAAUGUGAUCACUCUGGCUCAUUGCUCCCCAAACAUUCCUUCAUAAGUUUAUGUAUUAUGUUCAAGGUAGAUAAAUAACUGUAGACGAAUUUUUAUAUAUUAUACAUUUGUCUUUUCCUCUUUAAUGCAUACAUACAUACAUACAGGAUGUCUCAGAAGUUUGUAUACACACUGCCAUCUAACAUCAAAUACAUUCCUAACACUACUGCAGUAUAUUAUAUCAUACUUGCUCAAGUUCAUUGUGGAGAGUUAAAAUUUGUAUUGAUUUUUUAGCUUUUUAAUUUGCCUAUUUCAUUAUUUUUUUCUUGUGGGCUGUACACAAAGUCAUAAAACAUGUACCCUGCUGUAACUCAUUAUAAAACUUGAUAACCUCUGAGGUAUUAUAGUUAGACUAGAAAAAAUAUGAGUUUAUUAAGUAUAAUAAAAUUAAUUGUCUUCUACUCUAUAAUGCUUUAGGGGCUAUUAAAAAGACUUGUUGUUUGUCGAGUAUAAUGACGCCUAAGUUGUUUCUUUUAUGCAUAAUUAUCUAUGAAAUUAUUAUGUUUAAAAUGGAUAGCUAUCUUGUAUAUUACCAGGAGAUAUAUUUUAGAAUAAUGUUUUUGUGCAUAUUAAAAAAAAAUAUUGAAAUGAAACUAUUAUUAUAUAUUAACUCUUAAA